AAUUUUACACCGCGCUGCCGGUCGCCCUAGAUCGGAUCCCCACAUUACACUACCCUUAGUCAGUGUAAGGGUAAAAUGGGUUGUAUAAAACGGGCUUAAUUACUUUUACUACUUUAGUCUGUGAAUUACUUACACGUAGACAUUUACUGUUUUUUUGGAAGGUGUCAAUGUGGUGUGUGUCGGUUUGUUUACUUCAAGAAUAGUUCUAAGUUAUUACUUUUGUAGCAUAAAUCUAAAUAAAUCGUAGUUAAGUGAAAAGACUAAGUCAUGCAGGUCUCAUUCUUGUGGAAGGUAUUACUACCUUUGUUCCUCAUUUUAGUACAAAUAUCAGUACAAGCGAAGAAGCAAAAAACAACAGCGGUUACAGAUAUUACGGAUUUAAAAGAAUUUAAGAAAUUACUGCGGACUAAGACCAAUGUUAUGAUACUGUAUGUCAAUGUUCCUAAAUCAUCACAGUUCGUAACAGAUGUUUUCAGAGAGACUGCAGACGCGAUGAAAGGUCAAGCUACUUUAGCCAUAAUAGAGUGUAGUAAUAGUGAUGGUAAAAAAUUGUGUAAGAAAUUGAAAGUAUCCACAGAAAAAGCAUAUUACAUUAAGCACUAUAAGGAUGGAGAUUUCCACAAGGAUUAUGACAGAGCGGAGACAGUCAGCUCAAUGUCAAACUUUCUAAGGGAUCCAACUGGAGACUUGCCAUGGGAAGAAGAUCCUGAAGCCUCAGACAUCUUUCAUUUGUCUGAUGCAGAGGCAUUAACGAAAUUUCUGAAGAAGAGUGCUGCUGCCUUCAAGAAGUCAAUGAUAAUGUUCUAUGCCCCUUGGUGCGGUUACUGCAAAACUUUAAAGCCAGAGUAUGUAGAAGCUGCAGCUGAUUUGAAGGGUGAAGCAUUACUAGCAGCAAUUGAUGUGGCUAAACCUGGAAAUUCAAAAAUAAGACAGCUCUAUAACAUAACAGGUUUUCCCACACUUCUGUAUUAUGAGAAAGGUCAGCUCCGUUUCCCUUAUAAUGGGGACAAUAAAAAGCAGGCUAUUGUAGAUUUUAUGAGAGAUCCAACUGCACACUUACAAAACAAGAAGAAAGAAAGUGUUGAUGAAAGUUGGUCCCCUGAUACUGAUGUUGUGCAUUUAUCAGCUGAGACAUUCGACAGCACGUUGGCAAAGGCUGAGCACGCACUGGUCGUGUUCUAUGCACCCUGGUGUGGUCACUGCAAGAGGAUCAAGCCCGAAUUUGAAAAGGCUGCUUCGAAGAUCAAAGCGGAAAAGAUAAUCGGUGUGCUGGCUGCCGUUGACGCUACUAAGCAUCCGGACUUGGCCUCUCGUUUCGGCGUCAAAGGUUAUCCGACUCUGAAAUAUUUCAAAAAAGGUGUCUAUAAGUACGAUGCCGGCCAUGCCAGGCAAGAGGAAGAAAUUAUUAGUUUUAUCAAGGACCCACAAGAGCCGCCCCCACCCCCUCCCCCAGAAAAGCCGUGGUCGGAAGAAGAAUCGCCCGUGCGCCACCUCGACGCCUCGACCUUCCGCAACACACUGCGAAAGAUCAAACACGCGCUCGUCAUGUUCUACGCGCCCUGGUGCGGCCACUGCAAGAGUACUAAGCCCGAAUUCGUGCGGGCAUCCGAAAGAUUCGCGGAUGAGUUAAUGGUGGCUUUCGGCGCUGUGGAUUGUACCGCGCACCAAGAAGUGUGCGCGGACUACGGCGUGCGCGGCUACCCGACUAUAAAGUACUUCAGCUAUUUCGACAAACGGGUCGACGAAUACAGCGGCGGGAGAAAGGAGGCGGACUUCGUAUCGUUCAUCCACACACAAAUGGGUGGGCAGCAGACCGGACAGAAGAUGAAGUCGAGCCAGGACGCUGGGUUCGGUGUUAAUGUGCUCUUAGCCACCGACGACGACUUCGAGCAGAUCGUCGCCUCGCAGACGCCAACCUUCGUCAUGUUUUACGCUGCCUGGUGUGGCCAUUGCGUCACCGCGAAACCAGCGUUCAGUCGUCUCGCAACAACCGUCAAGAAGGACAACUUGCCCAUCCAGGUUAUAGCCGUAGACGCUUCCGAGAACGCUAAAGUUGCCGAUCUAGCGGGCAUAGAAACUUUACCCACAUUUAAAAUUUACGCUAACGGGAAAUUCUUAGCGGAUUACACGGGCGAGAGAACUACGGACGACAUGCUCAGCUUCUGCAAAUCUCAUGCUAAAGUCAAAGACGAGUUGUGAUUGUAGUGUACAGUCGGAAAAUCAAAUUGAGAUUUUACUUUGCAAUCAUGUUAAAAUACGAUAUUGUUUUCGUUAUUAUUUCGAUACUCGUAAUUAUUGCGAUACCUAACUAUAUAAACGUUUGUAUUUUAUUUUAUAUAAUAUACAUAUAUCCAUUUUAAAAUAAAUUAAACCAGCAGUGCUGUUGUGUAGAACAAACUAACUUUGAAACUCUUAUUCCAUUUUCACCGCUAAUUCCACGGUGAAAAGCGAGUUUUUGCUUUUAGAAUAACAGCACUGCAGAUAACGCUAAAAUCUCACAGACGAUAUGCUCAGCUUCUGCAAAUCCCACGCUAAGGUCAAAGUCGCGUUAAGAUCUUAGCAAAAAAUCGGAAAUUUAGCUUGAGAUUUUAUCUAUUAAUUUUCGAAAUUUCAUCCAGCUCAUAUUUUUUUUGUAUUUAAAACUCGUAAUUUACAAAGUGACGAGUUUUAUUAAUAUUGUACACAUUUAUUUUGUGAUAGAUACAAGCAUUUUAAAUAUUAUUAGUAAUCACCAUAUUGAUAUACGUAUUUGAGUCUCAUUAUAAUAAUUAUUUUUUAAAUUUCAUUAAUAUAAUUUUUAUUUUUCAUUAUGAAUACGUAAUAUUUGAAAUUAUAGUGAAUUAUUGAAGAACCCUAAUUUCAAACAAUGAAAUUAUUUAUUCUAUCUAGGUAUAUUGUAUAUUUCUUUGACUUUAAUUUGUUACAAGAUUAUCGAGGAUCAUUCAUAAAAAC